GUGGAGGUCGUGGGCUGCGACCCUGGGGCGUAGGCGGGGAGAUGGGGGCCGCUGUGGUGGAGGCGGACCGCACUCUCUUUGUGGGCAACCUGGACACCAAAGUGACCGAGGAGCUGCUGUUCGAGCUGUUCCAUCAGGCUGGACCAGUAAUAAGUGUGAAAAUUCCAAAAGAUAAAGAUGGUAAACCAAAGCAGUUUGCAUUUGUGAAUUUCAAACAUGAAGUAUCUGUUCCUUAUGCAAUGAAUCUACUAAAUGGAAUCAAGCUUUUUGGGAGGCCCAUCAAAAUUCAGUUUAGAUCAGGAAGUAGUCAUACAUCUCAGGAUGUUGGUUUAUCAUAUCCCCAGCAUCAUGUUGGAAAUUCAAGCCCUACCACCACAUCUCCUAGCAGCAGAUAUGAAAGGACUGUGGAUAAUAUGACUCCAUCAUCACAGAGGUCAUUCUGUUCUCCGGAAAAUUAUCAGAGACAAGCAGUGAUGAACAGUGUUUUGAGACAGAUGUCAUAUGGUGGGAAAUUUGGCUCUCCACAUGUGGAUCAGUCAGGAUUUUCACCAUCAACUCAGUCACAUAAUCAUACUUUCAACCAGUCUUCAAGCUCCCAGUGGCGCCAGGAUACACCGUCAUCACUGCGUAAACCCAGACAGAAUUCUCACCCCUACCUAGCAGAUAGACACCAUAGCCCUGAGCAGCGUUACACUGAUCAUGGGUCUGACUAUCAUUACAGAGGAGGCAGAGAUGAUUUCUUCUAUGAAGACAGAAAUCAUGAUGGCUGGAGCCAUGACUAUGAUAACAGAAGGGACAGCAGUAGAGAUGGAAAAUGGCACUCAUCUCGACACUAAUAGUAUUCCUAGGACAUGACUAGGGCCAUUUUAGGCCCUGUUGACUAAGGUUGUCUGGAAAUAUUUUGAAAAACUCUACAAGCAGUUUUACAAAUUAACCACAUUUCUUUACAAUUUUUUUUUUUCUAAUUAUGCUGCCAAAAGUAGAUGCCUCCCAUGUCAACAGUAGAAGAUUCUGAAGAAACCUUUGAAAGGUUUAUGUCCUCUGUAGCAUGGGACACAACCUUUGGGCAUUCAGUAUCACAAUAAUCCAAGAAUCUUCGCUUGAUUGGCUGGGAUAGUUUAAUGGCAGUAAUGGAAAGUCGGGUCUUCCUUCCCCUAGUAUUAGCAGCCUUACAUGAAUUUGGAAAAUUCACUGGGGCAGAAGCUCCUUGGCCAUCCACCUUCAACUCCUUAAGAUACAGAAACAUAGUGGGUCCAUGUUUAUCCAAGGUCUGUCUUUUUGCAUCAACAAAUUGCUUGAUCUCAUGCCCAACACCAGCAUGAAGCUGGCAUGGGAUAAUCCCUCUUCUGUGAAUGUUUUCAUCCUCAUGCAAGGUGUCAUUUCAGCAAAAGUAGUCAUGAGCUUAACUUGUGAUGAAGGCCUUUCCUGUCAGGCCAAGCCCACUGUAGAACAUUCCACAAGUUCAAGGCGUCAUCUGAGUUACAACAUCCCUGCUAUUUAUGAGGCUGGUGUCAAGGUCGACUGAGUGUGUGUAGUGGGGUGGUCACUCCAGGCCUUAUAGCUACAAACAUUGCAUUAAACCUCUUUCUCAAUUUGUUGAAGCAGUUUCUGUUGUGGCUUCCUAGCAAG